AUGAGGAUUCCAUCCUCUUUCCUUUCCCUAGCAUUUCUGGCCACCUCGAUGAUGGUGGCCAAUGCUAAUGAUCCAUGCCCUGCUGAUAUCACAACCGAGGUUUGUGAGAUCCCUUCUGAUGCAUUCGACUACUCAGUGGUUACCUUUGGGAAUGCCAACAUUGCUGCCCAUAGCAUGUACUACGGCAUUGCCGUUGGAGGUACUCUAACCGAUGGAAGCCCCAAUGAUAGUGCUACGGUGGAUAAAACCAAGUCAUACAUCAAGGAGACCUCGGGACAAUGUUCCUUCAACUUUAACGGUGGAGUACAAUAUGGAGACAGCUGCUUUGCUGAUAACUUGUAUGAACGAAUGAACUACAUUGCCACCCAUGCCCAGAACAGCACAAAUGUUAUCGUCUGUACAUCUGGUGAAAACGGUCGCAUCUUCACUGUGGACGAUUUCAUCCCAGGUGGCGAGGGCAAUGACGAUGGUCUCACGCUCGCCAUCUUCAACACAGAAGACGACAUUUACAUUGGAGACUAUGGAGGCCGCCAGUUUGGUCCAACCAUCAUUGCCCCAAAUGCCAAGGUUAUUGUCCUCGAUGGAGCUGGCUACGUGGAUGGCGCCAUCUAUGCCAAGGAGCUCGAUGCUCAAGCUGGAAGCCUUCAGCUGCAUGACCUACACUACAACAUAUGGAAGCGCUUUCACUGUUGA